AUAGGGCUUUUGUUUUUAUUACUGCACCAAUAUCAAAGCAGACUAUAGUUUCAUAUAUUUAUCUACCAGGUAUUCUACUAGUUUUACGGUCUGAAGCCGAUAACUGGUUGUGUAGUCCCCCGGUGUCCCCGGCUAACCGGUUAGCAUGUGGAGGUUAUGAACACGCACUUGCUCGGCUUCAUAUCUUGUUACAGACUUUCCUACAGACAGACAGGUUUUCACUUCGCUCUCUACCUUAUUGCUGUACGAUUCUCGGUAUUGCCUAAGAGCCGCUGCCUAGGACUUCACGUCUCGGCUGUUGUCUGUCCUUCUUGGGCCGGUAGGAAGAGAGGACGCGGCUGAAGGAUUACCACACAAACUGCUGCCUACUUUUCUGACAUGGCAGCCAAUGGAGCGAGUUGUGAGCAGCCUCAGAAACGUGCAGGACCCAAAGACAAACAGAACGGGAAGCCCACAGACUUAUCAGUCAGAGACAGGCGGCAGAAAGACAAGGACGAGCGUCUUUCUCUGGUCUUAUGGAGGAGACCUGUCACCACCCUACAGUAUUUUCUACUGGAGACCCUCAUCAUGCUAAAGGAGUGGACAUAUAAGCUUUGGCACCGAAGAGGAGCAGUGUUCUUAUUGUUAGUGCUCUGCUCUCUCUUCUCUGUCACAUACUCCGCUGAAGGAGCACACCAAGAGUAUGUUCAGUACCUGGAGAAGAAGUUCCUAUGGUGUGCCUACUGGGUAGGCCUUGGGAUCCUGUCUUCAGUGGGACUCGGGACUGGGCUGCACACCUUCCUUCUGUAUCUGGGUCCUCACAUAGCCUCAGUGACCCUGGCAGCGUAUGAGUGUGGCUCCAUAGAUUUCCCUGAGCCUCCGUACCCAGACGAGAUCGUUUGUCCUGACGACGGACAACUGGAGGGCAGUGUCUCGCUCUUCUCCAUCAUGUCCAAAGUCCGCCUGGAGGCCUGCAUGUGGGGUGCGGGCACGGCCAUCGGAGAGCUUCCUCCGUACUUCAUGGCAAGAGCAGCUCGUCAGUCGGGAGCCGAUCCAGAUGAUGAAGAUUAUGAGGAAUUUGAGGAGAUGCUGGAGCAGGCUGAGGACGCACAGGACUUUGUCACAAGAGCCAAACUGGGAGUUCAGCACAUGGUGCAGAAAGUUGGGUUCUUUGGGAUCCUGGCUUGUGCCUCGAUUCCAAACCCUCUCUUUGACUUGGCUGGAAUCACCUGCGGUCACUUCCUGGUUCCCUUCUGGACCUUCUUUGGAGCAACUUUAAUUGGGAAAGCUGUAAUCAAGAUGCAUAUACAGAAACUUUUUGUGAUCAUUACCUUCAGCAACCACAUAGUGGAGCAAAUGGUGUCACUCAUUGGGUCUGUGCCUAGAGUUGGACCAUCUCUGCAGAAGCCCUUCAGUCAGUACCUGGAGGCCCAGAAGAACAAGCUACACCACGCUGGAGGAAGUAAAACAGCCGAUGACAACUGGCUCUCGUGGGUGUUUGAGAAGGUGGUGCUGGUCAUGGUUUGCUACUUUAUCAUCUCAAUCAUCAACUCCAUGGCUCAGAGCUACGCCAAGCGGCUGCAGCAGCUGAGGAACUCGGAGGAGAAAACCAAGUGAUGGCGGUUCAAAGCUGUGUGUGCAUCCAAGUGACUGUGCUGCUUCUGCUGAGAGCGCUCCACUCAGACACGGCCACUCAAAUACAUUACCAACAAACCUCACCGCCAUCCAUUCUCAAGAGUUUAAAAAGAAGAUCAGACUGGCUUUGUGCGCGUGUGUGUGUGUGUGUGUGUGUGUGUGAGAGAGAGAGAGGAUGUAUGUGUUGUUUUAUUGUUUCUUAAAGGUGUCUAGUUCCUCCUGUUAUCUCACUCUGCCGUGUGAUUGGUUGGUUGUACUGCUGGUCUUAACAUGUUACUUUAAGAUGAUCCAUUCAUGGACCUCAGAGGAACUGCGGUGAUUGGAGGGUAACUGCUGUGUUUGAGGGCAGCGUCAGUCCGUUGCUACGCCUUAUGCAAGACGGGAACGUCAGAAUUCCCUCUGAAAUAACUCCUGACUUAGUUACGUGAUUUUAAUUUAAUUUUGUAACAGUUAUGUGUGGAUGGAAGUAGAUUUUAUCUAACCGUGUGCAGCAGAUGUUUUCUUUUCAGGGCUGUCCCCAUGUCCCUGUCCUGUCUAACAGUAAGAUCUUUGUUUUAGUGACGUUGGUUUGAAGUGAGAAGAAAGCAAUAUCAACUUAAAACAGUGGUGUAUUGAUAGUUUGCACAUUGUGUAAAUAUGUUAAUAUUUUUUGACAGGAUGCACGGUUGUUUCUAUUCCAUUCGUGGUGUACAUGAGCAAAACAAAAAGAUAAUUGGUGAAGUGACAUUGUACACUCGAUAUAGUCUCAUUUCUACUCUGUAUAUUCCGAUCAUGUAUAAAACCAGGAAACAAGUUUUCCAAGUCUGA